AUGGGACAGGUGAAGGGGAGCCUCGUCCAAAUAAAGGGCACUGAAGUGGGGGUCUACACCUUCCUGGGAAUUCCUUUCGCCAAGCCGCCCCUGGGGCCACUGCGGUUUACAGCCCCACAGCCUCCUGAAGCAUGGAGUGGUGUGAGGGAUGGGACUUCUUUCCCAGCUGCGUGUGUGCAGGACAUCAAUGGGAUGACAUCUAUGCUUAAGGCUUUGCUUAAUAGAAGCACACCUAUCACAGCCAUGUCCGAAGACUGCCUGUACCUCAAUAUCUACACACCUGCCCACGCCCACGAGGGUAGCAACUUGCCUGUGAUGGUGUGGAUCCAUGGUGGUGGCCUCGUGAUAGGCAUGGCCUCCAUAUACGAUGGCUCCGCCCUGGCGGCCUUUGAGGAUGUGAUAGUGGUCACUAUCCAGUAUCGCCUGGGCAUCCUGGGCUACUUCAGCACUGGAGACAAGCAUGCACCUGGCAACUGGGGCUACCUGGACCAGGUGGCCGCGCUGCGCUGGGUCCAGCAGAAUAUUGCCUACUUUGGAGGCGACCCUGGCCGAGUCACCAUUUUUGGCGAGUCUGCAGGUGGCACAAGCGUGUCCUCACAUGUGAUGUCCCCCAUGUCCCAAGGACUCUUCCAUGGUGCCAUCAUGGAGAGCGGUGUGGCCUUGCUCCCUGGCCUCAUUGCCAACUCGUCUGACAGUAUCUCCACAGUGAGUAUGGUGGCCAACCUGUCAGCCUGUAGCCAGGUGGACUCAGAAACCCUGGUCAACUGUCUGAGGAGCAAGAGUGAGGAGGAGAUUCAGGCCAUGAGUGAGCACUUCAAGAUCAUCGCAGGAGUAGUGGAUGGGGCCUUCCUGCCCAGGCACCCCCUGGAGUUACUGGCCUUUGAUCACUUUCAACCUGUUCCCAGCAUCAUCGGUGUCAACAAUGAUGAGUAUGGCUGGGUCAUCCCCAAGUUCCUCCAUCCUGAACUUAUUGACCUGUUGAUUGAAGAAUACAUCGGGAACAGUGAGGACCCCCAGUUCCUCCGAGCCCAGUUCCAAGAGAUAAUGGAGGACUUCAUCUUCGUGAUUCCUGCCCUCCAAGUAGCACAGUUUCAGAGAUCCCAUGCCCCAGUCUACUUCUAUGAGUACCAGCAUCGGCCAGACUUCCUAAAGGACAGCAAGCCGCCCCAUGUGAAGGCAGACCAUGGUGAUGAGAUUUUCUUUGUCUUCGGAGCCUUCUCCUGGAACAACUUCAUGGAAUUCACGGAGGAGGAGCAGUUGCUGAGCAAGAAGAUAAUGAAGUACUGGGCUAACUUUGCUCGAAAUGGGAACCCUAAUGGCAAGGGUUUGCCCUUCUGGCCCACGUUUGACCAAGAGAAUCAAUACAUGCAGCUGAACCUACAGCCUGAGGCAGGCCGAGCCCUGAAGGCACACAGGCUCCAGUUCUGGAUGAAGACGGUGCCCCAGAAGAUCCAGGAGCUAACGGAGGCCAAGGCGAAACAUGCAGAGCUGUAG